AUGCUGUCAACGACUAGUUUUCGGAGCAUCCUAGUACUGCCUGGAGUGCAGAUAGCACUGGACUACAUCAACAAUGAACCCUCCAUCCUCCCUGGAUACAGUCUUCACUACACACUUAGCGAUUCUCAGUGUGAUCCUUCAGUGACUGUUGCUGGUGUUUUCAACCAACUGCAGCAGAGUCCGACUAAGCUGGGCUGGUUGGGCUCUGGGUGCCUCACUGCCACUGAGUUCAGUGCUCCCCUCACUCAGCUCUACAACAUCACUCAAAUUUCAUGCGUUACAAGCUCACUAAAUUCAAAUGACAGGACAAAGUUAAAGUACUACUUUCAGCUACAUCCUCUGAUAACAGUACUAAAUAGAGGGCUUAUUGGGCUCUUGAAAAAGUACGGUUGGAAGAGAGUGGGCCUGAUAACAUGGCGAGAGUCUUACUUUUCUAUGAUUGCAGAUCAUUUCAAGCAACUUUUAACGGAAAAUGACAUAGAGCACUCGGAGAGACUUGUGUCAAUUGCGGGAUUUGAAGUCAAUGGAGAUCCAUUUGAUGCAGACAAGAGAAUAUAUGUAUUGAUUGUGGCAUCCAUACAAGCAAGGCAGCUUCUCUGUGAGGCACAUAAGAGGGGUUUGCGGUACCCUAGGAACCAGUUUCUGCUGAUUGGAGAGUACACUGAUACAUGGCUGAGGGAACCAAAUCCUGCCAGAGAUCUCGGCUGCUCUCUCGAGGAGAGAGAGAUUACAUUUGGUCUCUCACUGACAGUCAACCUACCAGACCAUCCACAGGAUAAUGUGACAUUACCUUAUGGAGGAUUGACAGCAGCUGCCUUCAGACAAGAGUUUUUCAGACAGGCCCGCAAUCCCCUGAACAACGACCUCAACAUAGCUGAGCUCAUAGGUGACAUGUUCCCUUCAUUUGCUCCACCUUGCCAUGAGACAACGCUUGCACUGGCACUUGCCCUGCACAACACAAACGAAGUCAGGAACAUAGUCACCGUAUCACCAGCAGUGACGGCCAUAUACAGCCUAGCCUCAGUGGCUGGAUUCAUACUAGCAUUUGCUUGUGCUGUAUUCAACUUCGUUCACCGAAAAAAGAAACUAAUACGGCUCUCCAGUCCAAAACUUAACUACAUUAUCAUUUUGGGAGCAACAUGUUUCUAUGUCAGUAGAAUAUUCCUCGUUCUACCAUCACUGGAUCCAAAUGUCAUUGUGCUUACUCCAGUGAUAAUCUUCACUGGCUACUCCAUGUGCUAUGGAACCAUCUUAGUGAAGAUGUUCCGGGUAUGGUACAUCUUCAAUCAUCCCAGUUUACAAAAGAAAUAUAUCAUUACAGACUGCUACCUGAUGGGACUAGUGGCAGCCUUUGUUGGCCUGGAUUUGGUCAUGAUGCUUACCUUCAUCACUGUUCAGGGAUUCAGGAAUCGACUGGUGGCCACUCUAGCACCGAGUGCUGAACGUCCCUGGGUUCUAGUUGGACCAACGGAGGUUGUGAAGGAAAACUAUGUGUACUCCUGUAGUGUUGAGGGCCGUGGUGUCCUCAUCAUCCUCCUCUAUAUCAGCAAGAUAAUCCUCCAAAUCGUUUCUCUUAUACUGGCCUUCCGUACAAGAAAGGUCAAGGUGAAGGGUCUGGAUGACUCCAAGUACAUAUCAGCAGCCAUAUACAUCACCACUGCUGUUCUACCGGUGUCUGUGUUUGCAUCGUUCACACUGAGAAGCCAUGUGAAUGCCUUUCCGGCCAUCGUGGGAGCAGCACACUUCUUUGGAGCCACAGCCAUCCUUCUACUUGUGUUUGUGCCUCGAAUGGUGGGUCUGUACAAGGAUCCAAGUGGAGAGAAUGUGUUUCAGGGCAAGGGAAACACUAUUGCACAGAAAGAAAGUAACAUUAUGACACUUCGUAGAGAUGCCCAACACCUGAGGGUCUCCCUGCACCUUGCACAGAAAAAGAAGAAAGGAACCGUACAUACUGAGGGCACAGACAGCAGUGAUCAUGAACCAGCCCCACAACCCAAGCAGGCCAUUGUCAAACCAUGCAUCAGAAUGAACAACCGACACCCCACAAAUGAUUACUACAUUAGUCCUCAAGUCCAUGCCUCAUCAGUAGCUAGAGAUGAAGAAGAAGAAGAGAAGAUUGAGCCAAAGAAUGUUGCACCAGUGAAGCCUUGUCUCCGGUUCACUGAGAGCUCUUCAACAGAGGACAAUGACUACGCCCAUGCCCAGAUUGUAAAGUGACACCCACCACU